GUCCAUUGAGGCUCACGAGGAGCCACACGCUCCCAUCGAUGUAUUUUGCGGCCACCCAAAAGGCCAGGUUGCCCUUUGUUCCCCCUCAAAGCCCAUCCAAAAAGAUCCACCCCAAUGCAAAAGGCCAUCGUCCUGGAAUCUGUCUCUCCUUGCUUUCAGGGAGGACUUCAGCCAUUUGAAUCGAAGUAGCAGUGAAGGGGAGGGCGGAUGGCAGAUUCGCUUCUCCACUCUCCCUUUCUUUUAAAUCAUCGCAGAUCAUCAUCUCAAGUGCCCCCCUUGGAGCUAAACUCCCUCCUGUUCCAUGGAUUAGAAGCUGCCAAGAAGAGUUGGGGUCUUCCGACAAGGGUCAGGCGAUCUCUGUCUGUAAAGAAUGCAGUAUCUGCGAGCAAUGAAUCUUGGAAUCUCAACCUGAGCAGAACUCGCCCCUGCCUCAGCGAUAUCGUAUGGCCGUCGGCAGGGGCAUUUGCAGCCAUGGCGAUAAUGGGGAGAGUGGAUCAGAUGAUAGCUGUGAAGGGACUGGCGUUGACGACUCCACCCUUUGGUGCAGUUUGCAUGGUCUUGUUGGCCACUCCCACCGCUCCUGCAGCUAAGAAGUACAACAUGUUCGUGUCUCAGAUAUGCUGUGCAGCCAUCGGGGUGCUUGCGUUCGUCAUAUUUGGUGCAGGUUGGGUGGCAAGGAGCACUGCUCUUGCUGCGUCCAUUGCUUUCAUGAUCUAUACUGGCUACACCCACCCUCCCGCUGCUAGUCUGCCUCUAAUGUUCAUCGAUGGGGCAAAGUAUCAUAAUCUGCAACUAUGGUACGCUUUGUUCCCUGGAGCCACAGGAUGCAUUCUAUUGUGCUUGAUUCAAGAGAUUGUAUGCUACUUGAAGGAGAACUAUAAAUUUUGAUGGAAUAUGGUUGGGAGGAUCAGUCCUUGGGGAGAAAAAACUGACCUAUGAGCCCUCUAUAUGCAAUCCCCAUUUACCGAAACUACACUAUUUAUCGAAUGUGGAAAAGGUACUUGAUUUUCCUUUGGGCAUCAUUAUGUGUAAUAAAAACAAAAAAAGGUCAUAUCCCUGACAGAAAUGUACACAAUGAAAAUGUACCUUUUUCCUUCUUCCAUCACUCACUCUCUCUCUCUACAUCUAAAGUUAGUGGCUAUCCCUGACAGAAAUGUACACAAGAAAUGAGAGGAACACCUUAAGCUGAUAAACAUUACUGCACAAAUUUGUAGGUCUCUUGAAGAAAAAGCACUCCUGCAAAUAGCAUCUGCGGAAGUGCAACACGAACCAAGAAAUAUUUGUACGUCCCUUGAGCUUCUACAGGUGCCUCUGUGGUCAUGUCAUGGUUUCUAAGAUGAUCUGUUUGUAAAUUUUGGUGUUUAAUAGGUUUGUGAUUGCCCACUACAGCUGCUUUCAUACUGUUCAUGUUCAUGUUUUUCCUUUUCUUUUUAUUCUUUGAUCUCGUCAAAAAUUUUCUUUUGGACUUGAGACUUUGUUCCUCAUUUGUUUGAGAGAGAGGAGAACUGAAUUGUAUCUAAAUUUUUUAUUUGUAUCCCCUACUGGGUUUUCA